CAAAUAAAUCUUAAAGUAACACAAGCUAUUACAUAGGGACAGUUAAUCUUAAAAUGCCAGACGGUACUGUAACUAAUUAUUUAUUUUACGACUUGCGAUUUUGUUGCAUCAUAUGAACAUAUGCAUGUCGUAGCCCGUAUUAUAGAGAAAGAUGGUGAAGGUUGCAAGCUGUCACAUACACAUAUAAUAUACAAUUAUAGUAGAAAUUUUAAUGGAAAUAUCUACCAUUAAUGACGUGGCGUCGAGUUCAUGAUUGUGACGUAUAACCGUGUAUAUUUAUAUAUAAAACCGUGCAUUUGAGUAGCAGAUAAUAUUAAAAUAGAUAAAUGCGUUGAUCGACCUGGCAUUCACUUUCAUAUUUGUAGACGGUAUAAAGUAAUCUCUAUAACAUGAAGCAGCAGAAAAUGAACAUGAACAAGGAUCUACAAUAUGAACGAAGUAGAUGUACGUUUGAUCCUGUGGAAAUUACGUAUCUUUUCGACGGCAGUCCAGAGAAGACGAAACGACGCCGUGAUCAAGAACAAUAUUUUUUGGAUGAUCUGGCAUUAAAAGAAAAUGUAGCAAUGAAUUAUAAGAGCCAUAAAGAAAUAUAUGAAGAUACUUUACGAAUUGCAUGCAAUGUUCUUCAAAAAGUUAGAGAAUUGCAAUGCUCAGGAAAAGAAGAUAUUGAUCUUCUAUUACAUAUCUUUGGAGCAAGACUUGGGUCUGCACUGUUCGAAGGUGGAAAUCCAUUGGUCUUGCAUUAUGCUAUGUUUCUACCCGCUCUUAUGGGACAAGCAAAUUCUGAACAGCAAGCAUAUUGGAUAAGCAGAGCUUGGGACGGCGAUGUUAUAGGAACGUAUGCUCAGACUGAACUAGGCCAUGGAACGUUUCUCAGGGGUUUGGAAACUACUGCAACGUACGAUCCAGAAACGAAAGAGUUUGUUUUGAAUAGUCCAAAUUUGACAUCCUACAAAUGGUGGCCAGGCGGAUGUAAGUAUAUUGUAAAUUAUGAAAUCGAACAAUUUCCCUGUUUACAAUUUGCUGAACAAUGGAUAUAGUAAAGAGUAAAUUUAAUCUGUAUGUAAUUCUUAGGCAUUAUAAUUGGAGAAAUUGGUACAAAAUUGGGGAUGAACGGCGUUAACAAUGGGUUUCUCGGAUUUCAUGACUUUAGGAUACCACGGGAGAAUAUGUUGAUGAAGAAUUCCAAGGUACUAGAAGAUGGAACAUACGUAAAAUCUACAAAUGAUAAGUUAACGUAUGGUACGAUGGUGUUCGUUCGAGUAGUACUGCUGCACGACCUCUUACAUUAUUUAUCCAAAGCCGUUACGAUUGCGGUUCGAUACAGCGUAGUAAGACGUCAGGGUCAAAUAAAUCCAGAACAACCAGAGGUACAGAUCCUCGAUUACGUAACGCAACAAUACAAAAUCUUCCCUCAUAUUGCCACAUGUUUCGCAAUAAAAGUUACUGCCAGUUGGGUUUGGGAUAUGUAUAAUACGGUACAAAGUCAAUUGUACCAGGCUGAUUAUGAAAAACUACCGGAGUUGCAUUCUUUGUCAUGUUGCCUAAAAGCAGUUGUAUCUGCAGAUACAGCAGAUGGAAUAGAGCAGCUUCGGUUAUCUUGUGGUGGACAUGGAUACAUGACUGCCAGCAAUCUGCCAACACUCUACGGAUUGGCCACUGCAGUCUGUACUUACGAAGGGGAAAAUACAGUUCUACUUUUGCAAACAGCUAGGUACCUCGUAAAAUCAUGGAAACAAGCUACGGAUGGUGAACCAUUGCCAGAAUCUGUAGAGUAUCUUAACGAAGCAGCAAAAGGAGUAAAACAUCGUCGUUGGAGUAACGAUUUGGAAUGUCUGAUUGAUGCCUAUAACGCGGUAGCCGCAGGAUCUGUUCGUUUAGCAGCAGAACAUUUGGAUCGCAGAAUACGUGAUGGAGUUCCGAUGGAGGAAGCCUGGAAUCAAACGAGCAUGGAACUAACUCAGUGCGCGGAAGCUCACGCUCGAGUCUUCAUUGUAAAAACAUUUGCAGAUGCUAUCAAACAGUUAAACUCGAAGUCUGAAGAAUUUCGUCAAGUAAUGUUUCAACUCUGCGAGCUGUAUAUCGUAUAUUGGGCUUUGAGGAACGUUGGUAAUUUUCUUCGAUUUUCUUCUAUGCAGAAAGAGCAUGUUCAGGUACUUCAUUCACGCUUGGAAUAUUUGCUGACGACAAUCCGACGAAAUGCUGUAGGAAUCGUUGACGGUUUCGAUUUCGAUGACCAUAUUCUUUGUUCGGCUUUGGGUGCUUACGAUGGUAACGUUUACGACCGAUUGUUUCAAGAAGCCACGAAGAGCCCUCUAAACCGUGAAACUGUGAACAUGUCUUUUGAAAAAUACUUAAAACCAUUUCUUAAGAGUAAUUUAUAGUGUAAUCUUUUUAAAGGAAAUAUUUAAUCAUAAUUGUUAUUUCGUAUUUGUUUUGCAGUGAUUGGAUUAUGUGGGAUAUGUUGCAUUUAGUUGUUAUCGUAAGACGUAUUUUUUAUUUGUUAUUAAAUAAUCUAUUGUAUUGUUUGUUGGGUAUUGAUUUAUGAGAUGUAACAACUGUAACAUAUCAUAUGAGCAAUAUCGAAGAAAGAUAUACGUGCUCACUUGUCCAUUUUACUGAGAAUUUAUAUUGAACAAGAAAGGAAGGAUCGAACGUAUUUUUGUACCAUGUUUAUUCGCUGUCUUUGUAAAUGUGUAAUUUUUACAAAGAAGCAUCGCUGUAAUAAUUGUGAAUGAAUGUUUGAUAGAGAUUUUAUGUUUAUAAAAAGCUUUCUGGAAAUAUGCGAUCAUUCUGAGAUGAGAUGUCUUAAAUAUGUUGUGGGAAAUGGUAUUUUCUAUACAGUUUUUAUAAUUAGUAAAAUAUGUUGAACUUGAAAAA